CUUCUGAUUUCGAGUCCUCGCGCUCGCUACGGUUGAAAAACGCCUCAUUCUCUCCGCAGGCCCUUCUCAUGUCCAAGUCCAAACUCCUCAUCCCCAAGAUCAAACCCCCCCCUAAAACCCUACCAAAACCCUCUCCCAAAAUCCUCAAACUCGCCAGAAAAAUACCCCAGAUCCUCAAAACUCCCAACUGGGAACGGACCCUCAAUGAAAAAAUCCAAGAAGAAGAAGAAGAAGAAAUCCCCUCCAUCCUCUCUCAAAUCCCCGACCCAGCCUCCGCCCUCGCCUUCUUCCACUGGGCCCACCACCUCCGCUCCCCGUGGGCCCCACCCCCAGACUCCCUCUCCUACUCAGCCCUCCUCGAGAACUUGGCCCAUCACAAUCUCUUCUCAGAAAUCGAUUCCACUCUCAAAACCAUGGAGACCCAUCAAAUUUGUCCGUCGCCCGAGGCCUUCAGUGCUCUAAUUGGUGCGUAUUCUCGUGCACAAUUGGAUGAUAAAGCUAUUGAUUUGUUCUGUAGUAUGAAUGAAACUAUUGGUUCUUUUCCUGAUGUUGUUGAUUGUAAUUGCCUGCUGAAGUUACUUGUAGAAAAGGGUCGCUUUGAGUGUGCCCGGAAAUUGUAUGAUGAAAUGCUUGAACGAAGCGUGGCGGAUAAUUAUAGCACUUGUAUGAUGGUUAGAGGGUUUUGCUUGCAAGGGAGAGUUGAUGGGGCCAAGAAGUUGAUAGAGGAUAGGUGGGGACCCGAUUGCAUUCCCAAUGUCGUGUUCUAUAACACAUUGAUCGAUGGGUAUCUUAGGAUUGGGGAAGUUAGGAAGGGUUAUGCGAUGUUUAGAGAGAUGGAGGUGAAGGGAUUCUUGCCUACAGUGGUUUCUUAUGGUGUUGUUAUUAAUGGGUUCGUGAAGAAUGGGAAUUUUCCGGAGGUAUAUAAGUUGAUUAAUGAAAUGAAAGUAAAGGGUUUGAACCCAAAUGUGGAGAUUUACAAUAGUAUUAUUUAUGCUUUGUGUAAGCAUGGUUCUAUUGUUGAAGGCAAGGCGGUUUUGAGGCGGAUGAUUGGGGAUGGUUGUGAGCUGGAUAUUAUAACUUAUAAUGUUUUGAUUUGCGGGCUUUGUCGGGAUGGGAAGGUUAGAGAAGCUGAGCAACUUUUAAGGGAGGCAAUUAGGAGAAAUUUGAUUCCAAAUGCAUUGAGCUAUACCCCUCUUAUUCAUGGGUACUGCAAGCAAGGGGAAGCUGUUAUUGCUUCAAACUUCAUUAUUGAAAUGAUGGAAAGAGGACACAAGCCAGAUAUAGUAACUUAUGGAGCUCUGAUACACGGGCUUGUCAUCAUUGGGGAAGUUAAUGAAGCAUUGGUGAUACGAGAGAAGAUGAUAGAAAGGGGAGUAGUUCUUGAUGCCAAUAUCUAUAAUGUAUUGAUUAAUGGACUUUGUAAGAAAGGAAUGCUCCCCAAUGCUAAAAUGUUACUUGCUGAGAUGUUUGACCGAAAUAUCCUGCUUGAUCAGUUUGUUUAUGCUACACUAAUUGAUGGGUUCGUUAGGAACGGAGACAUAGAUGAGGCAAAGAAAGUCUUCGAAUUCAUGGGUCAGAGAGGAAUUAGGCAUGAGGUUGUUGUGUUCAAUGCCAUGAUCAAAGGAUAUUGUAAACAUGGAAUGAUGACCGAUGCAAUUUCGCAUGUAAAUAAGAUGAGGCAGGAUGGAUUUCUUCCUGAUGAGUUCACAUAUACCACAAUUUUAGAUGGUUAUGUGAAAUUAAGUGACUUGGAUGGGGCUUUUGCAGUAUUCGGGGACAUGGUUAAGAGAAAAUGCAAUCCUAAUGUAGUCACAUAUACCGCACUUAUUAAUGGAUUUUGCCGCGAAGGGCAGCUCGGGACAGCCGAAACUCUGUUCAAGGAGAUGAAAACUUGCGGUCUUGUUCCAAAUGUUGUUACAUAUAGUAUUCUAAUCGGUACCUUUUGUAAAGAUAACAAGAUUACGAAGGCGGCUGCCUUCUUUCAGGAGAUGUUACUUCGUAAGUGCCCUCCUAAUGACGUGACGUUCAACUAUUUAAUUAAUGGUCUAACUAAUAGCAUAUCUCAACUUGAUUCCAUUUGGAAAAGUAUUAGUCAAGAACAUAGCGAGUCUGUGUUAUUGAACGUCUUCGUGAAAAUGAUAUCUGAUGGAUGGGAUUAUAGAACUGCAGCAUAUAAUGCAAUCAUAUUUUGUCUCUGCAAACAUCAAAUGCUUACAAAGGGUUUGGAUUUGAGAGAGAAAAUGCUUCAGAAAGGUUGCUUACCUGAUUCGAUAACAUUUCUUUCCCUUCUCCAUGGAAUUUGUGCAGAUGGAAGAGCAGAGGAGUGGAAUCACAUUCUUACUUGUGAUUUUCAGCGAAAUGAACUUGAAACUGCUCUUGCCUACACUCAGCUUCUAAACAAAUACAUAAAUCAAGGGGCAUCUUCUGAGAUGUUAUCAAUUUUGUAUUCAUUGCUUGAUGAUAUUAAAAUGGUGGAAGAGAAGUAGCAAACAGUAAUUAUAUUUGUUGAAACUGCAUUUACUAAAACAGAGUGGCAGAGGACUCUAUUUCUUCUUUCAGAUAAGAACCAUUACAGAGAUGGAUCAGGCGUCAAUCAAGGGAUCCAAUUGCAGAAUGAUUAAUCAAUAGGGGCUCCACAAUGGUCUUCAGAUGAAAUGGUAGCUUCUAGAAAAUCAUUCUUGCUUGGGAAUGAGGAAGUCCCCUUUGUUGCCUAUACAUGGGAUUAGAGUAUGACAUGGUCUAGCUGCAUAUAAUCUUCUCCUACUGCAAUAUCUGGGACAUGACAUGUCAAAAUGCCUACAUUUGGAGGCAAAGCUUUCCCAUUUGACAGCUUGACAUAAGCAUUGCGGAAUCCAUAUUUGAACAAAUGGUUCCUUGUACAAGCAGUCAUGCCAGUGAACUUACUGGAUAUAAUAAUAUUAUGCGUUUCUCAAAUGGUCAAGGAGUAGAUGCAUUUAAUGUUUUUCAGCUCCAGGAAAAUCUCAAGCUUUAAGAGUGAAGUUCCGUGCUCGAGGUCUUCUUUCUCAAUAGAACAAAAGGCUGCUCCAUCCGACCCAAGACGGUUCCAUGUAUUCCUACACCUCUAGCUGGAUUUUGGUCCAUCUGCUGAUGCAAAUUGAAUUUGAGUUUUAUGAUUCUGUAAUCAGUUAAAACUCUGGGGUUGGAUUUGGUGGACGACGCAGUGCGUGGUCGAAUAAAUGCAAGAACUACUCAUGCAGCCAUUUUAUUAACUGGCAGCUCAUAUAUCAGCCGACCACGGAGCGUGCAGUAUGGCUAAUUUGCACCAUUAAUUCAGUUGAUCUUGUUAAUCUUGUAAAAUUAUUUGUUACAAAUUUUUUGGAGGUAAGGAUGCUUGUAUGCAUUUUGUUAUCGCUUACAGCUGAUUAUUUAAACAUUCUAUCAGAA